ACAGCGGAGGCAGCCUCGCCGCGAGCCGCCGCUGCCGCCACUGGUGCUGCCGCUCUCAGGCGCCGGGCCCCGUCGCCACCGCCGCCGCCGCCGCCGCCGCCGCCUCGCCAGCCGGAGUUGGGCUCCGUGGGCUUCCCCCCUCGCAGCCUCGGUCCUUCCCCGCUGCCUGCAAGUCAGCCUGGCUCCGAGUCACGUGUCAGUGCCUGAGGCAGAGACUGCGAGAAAAAAACGCUCUUCAUUCCUUCUUCCACCGCCAUACUGUAUUUUAUACUAAAUCUCAUUUUUAUUCCAACAUUUUACUCCCGCUCGGUGAGUACCUUCUUAGUGGCAUUCUUGUCCUAUUCUUUUUUUUUUUUUUUUUUUUUUUUGGUCCUUUUUUUUGUUUUUGUUUUUGUUUUUUUUCUCUUUUUUUCACUUCUUUGAUUAUUGUUUAUAUUUGGGAAAGCUGGAGGAGCAUGGUUUUGAACCUUUUCCUGAAUCCAAGUUUUUCUAGCAUGCGAUCGUUCUGUAGACAAGGCGCUGUGUCUGGGAGUCCGCGGCGACCGUGCCCGCUGGGAGCGUCUCCCAAGUCCAGCAAAAUGUGCAACUGGUUUUAUGGAAAAAGCGAUGUGAAGUAUGGUGCCUAUUUUUUUCCUCUGUAAAAAUAAAAAGCAUGUUUCUAACUCUUUUUUUGCAUACUCUUUUUCUGAUAACAUUUUUUGUAUAGGUGGGAUUUUACGGCAGUGUUUACAAGUUUGUGGUCUUGCAAUACUGGUGCAAACCACUGAGCAAAGACAUUAAUUUUAUAUUUUUGUUCCCUUUUUGGAAGCCGGUGAAAACAAACUCGUUUUUUUCCUCCUGUUUUUGAUACCCAUUGAUAACAUGAAACUUUUCUUACAGCUGGUGACUGGGAUCAUUUUUAAGCAAAAUACUUUUUUCUUCCUCUAAAUUAACUAUGACUUUUGAACAUUUGACUUUUUUAAAAAACCGAGAUAAUUUUAUGAUAGAUAUCCUGAUAUCUAUAUCUAUAUUAUCCCUUAUUUCUCCCCCUUCCCUCCCCGUAAAUCAAUUUUCAAAUGAUGGCAGUGGAAGGUUUUUGUGGAAAAAAAAAAAAAAAAUGAAGUGCGGUUUGGUUUCCUUGUCAACGGAGGAUGAAGUGAACAGCUGAGCAGCUCGCAGAGAGCAGACAGAUCAAUAUUCUUGUUAGUGCAGAAAAUCCUCAGAUAAUUUAAAAUAAAUAAAAUAAAUAUAUCAGGCUAUAUCCAAACACCAUUACUGCAAGAAGAAAACAAAAAGAUUAAAACAAGGAGAGCCAAUCAUGACUGGCAAAACACAGACCAGCAAUGUCACCAAUAAGAAUGACCCCAAGUCCAUCAACUCCCGUGUUUUCAUUGGCAAUCUAAAUACGGCAAUUGUCAAGAAAGUUGACAUUGAAGCCAUUUUUUCAAAGUAUGGAAAAAUAGUUGGAUGCUCCGUUCACAAAGGGUAUGCAUUUGUACAGUACAUGAGUGAGCGACAUGCAAGAGCUGCAGUGGCUGGAGAAAAUGCCAGAGUCAUUGCAGGCCAACCACUUGAUAUCAACAUGGCAGGAGAGCCCAAACCAUACAGACCAAAACCUGGAAACAAGAGGCCCCUUUCUGCACUUUAUAGACUUGAAUCAAAGGAACCUUUCCUGUCUGUUGGUGGUUAUGUCUUUGACUAUGAUUACUACAGAGAUGAUUUCUACAAUCGGUUAUUUGAUUACCACGGGCGUGUGCCUCCACCUCCCCGUGCAGUAAUUCCACUGAAGCGCCCCAGAGUGGCAGUCACAACAACUCGCAGAGGGAAAGGAGUCUUUUCCAUGAAAGGUGGAUCGAGAUCUGCUGCCAGUGGGUCAACAGGCUCUAAAUUGAAAUCAGAUGAGUUACAGACCAUCAAGAAAGAAUUAACCCAGAUUAAAACUAAAAUUGACUCCCUGCUAGGGCGCCUGGAGAAGAUUGAGAAACAGCAGAAGGCGGAGGCAGAAGCUCAGAAGAAGCAAUUGGAAGAGAGUCUAGUGCUGAUCCAAGAGGAAUGUGUGUCAGAGAAUGCAGAUCACUCUACAGAGGAGCCUGCUGAAGGAGGGCCAGAUGCCGAUGGAGAAGAGAUGACAGAUGGGAUAGAGGAGGACUUCGAUGAAGAUGGGGGUCAUGAGCUGUUUCUACAGAUAAAGUGAUCUGAAAUAAUGUAUGAUGCCACAAAGCAGAAAAGAGAAACUGUGACAACCACCAGAAAUGUGAAAGGAGGUUUCUUACUGGACAGCAGCAUCUUUGGUUCAAUUUAUAUAAAAACCCAAAUAAAUAUAAUGGACAGUACUGCUCAAUUUUAGAAAUUCCAUUUCUUCUAUGUUCUAAGCUGUACAAUUGUCAGGUUUUUAUGGUUUGAAUUGUAAAUGUGUUUUCCCCUUUGCUAAUUAUGUUUUUUUUUUAGUCUUAAAAUGUGGAAGACAUUUAUGAAUGGUAAGGGAGACACACUAUAUACAAAUGUAUAUUUGUAAAAGCUAUUUUUAUGAUUAGCAUGUUUCACUGUUGAUCAUAUAUAAAGUCGGUGAUAUUGCAAUUCUGUAUUUAAAGCUUAUUUCCAACAAUGUCAUGUAAGAAAAGAUGCAUCUUAUGCUAGUUUUUAUAAUUUAUUUUUAAUUUAUAGUUUAAAGUACUUCAGACCAUAAUGAUAAAAUACUUGAGAAAGUUAUAUUUCUGCCCUGUAUAAGCACCCUUUUUAUUAAUAAAGAAUGCAGAUAUUUCAGAUGUGAUACAAUAGUUAAAGAACUGUUGGUUUGAUCUGUGAUAAGUUGAGCAUGCUCCGCUCUGAACUAAAAUGAUCCGAUUAUUACUUCAGCCUGGGUAUGAGAUUCCACGGACAGGUUUCAGUGUUCAUACAAGUAAGGACUAUGCCAAGGAAAAAAACUGUCUUGCCCUUGGAUCCAAGUUUAAAUUAGUGCAUACAUCAUUUCAUUUCACCUCCUGUUCCGAGGAACUUUCCAUUCCCAAGCAUUGCAAGUGUUUUCCAGAUAAUCUUAGCUGUCGUCUUGUGCUGUGGAAAUGGAAGAAACCAUCUUCACAGACUGUAGGAGAAUUCAACAUAUAAUUUCUUAAUAAACACUGUUUCUUUUAAAACAAA